CAGUACUGUCAGUCAAUGUAUAUAAUACCUAGCUGUUUUCCAUUUUCGGUUUCUGCUUCGGCGAUGUUCAAUCUUGUCCAUAUUAUCUACCUAGGUACUUAUUAAGUAAAUACAAAUAGUAUUUCCUACAUUUGUUUUUAUAUAGAGGUAGAAGAGAUGUCAUUAAAAAUCUAGUCAAAUAGAAAUCUACGCAGUCGAUUACUUGGACGGUCGGUACUUGGAGAACUGAAAAGGAAAUCAAGAUGUCACACAAACCAUAUAGCCCAAAUUUUCCACAAAGCCAAGGCUAUGCUCCUCCUCAAGAGGGUGGAAAAGAAGAGAGCUACCCAUUAAAUCCACAAGGGGGUUAUCCUGGACCUCCACCAGUUGCUCAGCUGGGUAUGCAGCCAGGAUUCCAACCUGGAUUUCAGCCCGGGUUCCAACCAGGCUUCCAACCAGGAUUUGCACCGGGUUACCCACAGCCACAGGGAUAUCCUCACCCACAACAAGGAUAUCCAGCCCCUGUAGUACAACAACCCGCUGCAGCUGCAGGUGGCUGGAUGACUAUUCCUCAAGGCCUCAGCAACUGUCCUCGCGGUUUGGAAUACCUGUCUAUGAUUGACCGUCUCCUGAUCCAUCAGAAAGUGGAGUUGUUAGAAGCAUUUGUUGGCUUUGAGACAAACAACAAGUACAUGAUCAUGAACAGUGUUGGCCAAAACGUGUACUAUGCCGUGGAAGACAACGAUUGCUGUACUAGGAACUGCUGCGGGCCCAGUCGUCCGUUUGAUAUGAGAGUUUUUGAUAACUUUCAAAACGAGGUAAUACACCUUCACCGCCCGUUAGCCUGCGAUAGCUGCCUGUGCCCUUGCUGGCUUCAAAGCAUAGAGGUUACCGCGCCGCCCGGCACGGUUAUCGGGUCUAUAGAACAGGACUGGUCUAUUUGCAAGCCAUGCUUCUCAGUCAAGAACGCUGCUGGAGAUGCAGUACUGAAGAUAAAAGGGCCGUGUUGCACUUUUUCAAUGUGUGGAGAUGUCGAGUUUCAUGUGUACUCGCAAGAUGGUGAGACGAAAGUGGGCAAGAUUACUAAGCAGUGGUCAGGAUUGGUGCGCGAAGCAUUCACGGAUGCCGACAAAUUUGGCAUAACGUUCCCGAUGGAUUUGGACGUCAAAAUAAAGGCCGUGCUUCUUGGGGCGUGCUUUUUAAUUGACUUUAUGUUCUUCGAAAAAGCUGGCAACACAGAGAGGGACCGUCCGGGACUUCUAUAAAUGACUUCGAUUUUGUAACGUACCUUAAAUACGUAACUUUUUACUAUUGAAUGUUAUGAAGGAAUAAUAAUUCUCAACACAGAGAUUUAGCAACCUAAAAAUGCUGUUUUGAGGUAUAUAAUUUUAAAUUAAUUUAAUUCACAUGCCCAGAACUAAGUUGAGUUAGAAUAUAUUCAUUCAUGUACUUAAUACUCAACGAGCUUCGCUUUUUGUGCCUUGAAAUGUUAUGGUAAGAAAUAUGUUUUUGUUUAUUAAGAAAUCUUCCAUGGAUUUAUGUUUUUUUAAAGAAUCUCUAACCAACUUGCUUGUGGCAAAUAAAUAUUUAACUUUUUAUAUUGUAAGCACAAUUUUUCGAAAUAUUUACCACUUUUUUUAUGAGUAAUGUUUAUUUUAAUAAUCUAGUGAAUUGUUAUGACCUGUGGUUAUGACAUUGGAUUUAUAUAUUGUGAGUUGCUCUAAAAGCGUUGAUGUGGCCAAUGCAAAAAAUGACUGAUGAGAUACAUUGCUGUGCUGUUAUUACAAAAGUUACCAUCUGCCAGCUUUACUGAUGUGCAUUAUGUAUUGAAAAUUAACAAGCCUACAAUAAUCAGUUCCUGAAAUUGCAUUUGUAAUGUUGAUAAUUAAGAAUUGUAUUUUAUGCAUUAGAUCUUUUUAAUUUUGUUAUUAGUCUACAUAUUUAUAUAAUAAUAUAUGUAAAAAUGUUGGAUCUCUUCAAAAUAUCUAAAUAUUACAUAUUUUUUGGGAUAUUAAUUAUUUUUAUUAUUCAUAUUAAUUUACUUAGUGAGACAUCUGUCAACCUAUAACUGUAACGAGAAUACAACGCACGAACUCGAAUACUUUCCUUGUCACACAUAUACCUGUCCUGCUCGACGCACAAUGAUGACGUCUUAAGUUUGCACACGGCACCCAUCCACGGACCACCUUUAUAAGCCGUAUGCGCCACUCCAAGCUCACUUAGCUAGCAGCAGCCGCCACUGAUACGAUAACCUUUAUGUGUACCUAUGUCUAUGACGAUACCUUUAUGUCUUUCAGUAGCGGUUAGUCUGGGUCCCAGAGAGCGAUAGCUUUUACGUAGUCAUCUCUGUAAAACCCUAGGGAAGGUAAGGAAUGUGAUAGCCCUUAUGAAGUCCAUUCCGAAACCUUCAAUUAGGAAUUCACUUUAGGCGCGUCGAGCAGCAGGACAGGUAUAUGUGUGACAAGGAAAGUAUUCGAGUUUGUGCGUUGUGUUGUUAUUCUCGUUACAUAACUAUAUUAAGUCCUAAGCCAUUUUAAAACAUUCAUUCAUUUUAUUGUCCACAAAAGAAAAGCAGUAGUUUUACAUCAUAAUUUAUCGACUAAUAUUACAUAUACUGAGGAAAGUUGAGGAGAAUUUGAAUAUACCUCAUGUUAUGGAUUUGUACUGGAGUAAAUAUAAAUAUUGUAAGUCUCA